UUGUCGCCCUUCUGUUAUUAUUUGACGAAAUUUCAUGUGAUUAUUGAGAUGUUUGUUUUCUCUGUUUUACAAAUAUGAUAUUCACUGUCAUGUAGAUUAUAUACAAACCCCAUUGAGUCAAAUACACAGAAACUCAGAAUGUCGUGUUAUGGAUGUGGAACUUCUUUCAGUUUAUUUAAAAAAGAGCAUGGCUGUAAAAAUUGUGGAUUUGCCUUCUGUAAUUCCUGUCUAAACAAGAAGAUAGCUGUCCCCAAACUGAAGAAUGAAAAACACCAUGUGUGCAAUAAGUGUUUCAACAUCUUAACAGGAAAAAUAAAACCCCAGGAUGAUUCUGGAAGAUAUUCUCCUCCUCAGGCAUACAAAAAGCGUGUGGCAGCAUUAGAAGAGAGAGAAAAGGGUGGAGGCAGUCAUGGUAGUAAUCCACAUCAUACAAAACCAGCUGGCAAACCAGAAUAUAAACACCUGGCAAAACCUGAGAGGGAAAUACAGGAGAGAUUAGAUAAGUUAAAGGAAGAUAGAAUACAAAAAGAAAAAAACAGUCCAUCGCAAAAAAAUAUAGAAGAAAGACUUUCAAAGUUAAAAGGAGAAAAUGCAGCCACAGCAGCAGUUUCUAAAAAAACAGCAUACCAUGCUCCAGACAGAAGAACACAGCAGGAUCAAAUUAAUGACUUAUUGGAUGAAAUUGGAGAUGAAAUAGAAAUAGAUUCACAUAGACCUGACCCUGUUAAGGACAUUGAAAAUAGACUAGCUGGUCUGAGAGGAAAUCCAGAAUCUGACAAACCAAGUAAUGGAGAAUCUAAAAAACCAAGUAACAAUCUGAACAGGGAAGACUCACAAGAAACAGUGCCAUAUACAAAGAAUAUAGAUAACACACAAACAACAGACACACGAACAAAUGAUGAGAUUCCAUUAGAAGAAAUGCAGAGGUUGAUAGCAGAGGCAUCAAAAGAGUUAGAUGUAGAUGCACAUAAAGCAUUAGAAGAUCUACAGAAAGACAAAGAUAUCAUGAAAAGACUACAGGAAGUGAAAAAUAAAAAGAAAGAGGAUGUGAAUAAAGAUACUGAUGAAAAAAGUGCCGAUGAAAUAUCUGAUAGUGAUAAUGAGAAUGAAGAAACAUUGACUAUGAAUCUCAUAAAACAAAUAUUAGAAGAAAACAAAUUAGAUGAAGCAGCAGCUAAGGAUGGGGUAAACACUUCAGAGACAAGCUCUUUGAAGGAAGAAAAAAAUAAAACAUCUUCAAAGGAUUCAAAGAAAAGUAAAGAAAAAUCAAAGAAAGACGACAAGGAAUCUAAGAAAGUACUGAAUACAGAGCCAAAAAGACAACAGGUGGAGGAAAACAAUAGUGAUGUUGAUGAUGAUGAUGAGUUGCCAUAUUGUGUGAUGUGUACAGAAGAUGCUUCAAUGCGUUGCCAUGGCUGUGACCUGGACCUAUAUUGUGACAGAUGUUGGAAAGAGAGUCAUGUCCAGUUUGAAAUGGAUGAUCAUGUGACCUCAAAAUAUAUUCAGAAGAAAGGAAGGACUUAGCAACAUUAUACUCAUUUAUACAUUAUCUGCCAUGGCAUUUUUAUUAUGCAAAUCUUUACAUUUGCUUGUUUAGGAUAUGAUAUAGCAUAAGAUUUCAAAAAUACAAUGGGUUUCUCAAAUAUCAUUGCUGACGCCACCUGUAUUCAUUGCCAAUGAUAAACAAGCCCAGAAUAUGUGAAUUAGACACUGAUAUGCAAAGGGAGAUAACUUUAUUUUAAAUUCUGAAGAUUGCAUAAUACAAUUGUUUUCCAGUAAGCUAUAAUAGUAUCAAUUUUUUCUCUCUUUUUUUUUUUACACAUUUUUAGUGGUCUCCCUUACCUUUCAAUACAUGCCAUGUCAAUGUUUAGAAAAGAAUUCUUAGUAUUUUAAUUGGCAAAAGAAAUUAAUUAAGAGAAAUGAAUUCUCUUCAUUCAAUAGAAAAGUCAACAAGGAUCUUAAAUAACAAAUAUCAGAUGCACACCACAACCAAUUAGUAUAGGUCAUACUCUUAAUUUAAAAUUUCAUUUCUAUGUCUGCUACCAUGUUACGCAAUUGUUAAUUGUUACCUAAAUGCUGUUUUAAUGUUUCCUAUCCAAAUCUUAAAUGACAAGUGUAAGCUAUUUUUGCAUCUGUUGUAUAUCCAUAGUUUUCAUACUCAUUAUCUAAAAUUAAUAAAAAAAUAAAUCCACAGAGUCCCUUAAAGCCAACUUAAUCACAAUCAUUUUAACAUUGUGUAGUUUCAGAGCUAAGCAUAUGUUUUCCGUCUGAUGUAUUAAAAAAUGUCUGUUGUUACUGAAAAAAAUACAUAUUAGAAACUUGAAAAAUCUUUUAUGGCCUUCUGUUUGUUUUUUUUGCUAAGAUUAGUUUAUAGAUUUUGUAUAAGUAUUGGCAAAGUUCACAAGAAUUCCAUUUUUAAAUUAGUUGAAUUUUCUUUUACCUAAUUAUGAUUGCCAUUGAAUUCAAAUAAUUUUAUGAAAAUAUAAUAUUUCUUCUCUGUUGUCUGCACUUUUUUGAAGAUAUUGAGUUAUAUUUUGAUUGUAUGUAUAAAUAUCAUUAGCAAUUCACCUACAUAGUACAGUCUUUUUACAAUUUGUCUAUCUUUUGAUCAAAAUAUUUAAAUUAAUAUUAAAUUGUGUGAGAUUUUUUUUAUUUCAGUUUUUAUCUUGCAAAUAUUAAGGAUUGUUUGACCUAUUAUUCCCCCAAGAUUAGAAAAUUUGCAUGAAAUUAUGAAUUUCAUAACACUAAGGAUUGGAUAUUGCUGGAUAUCAACUGGAAUUAUUCAGUUUCAAUAUCAAAAUAAGUGCUUAGUAUUAUUAUUUAAAUUAAAAGAUGAGAGUUGCUAUGGAGCGCUAUCCAAGCAUUGUCUACAAAACUUAGUAUUUUGAUAGGUCUUAUCAGUCAUAAAUAUACUGAUAGCCUUUACCAAAAAUUCCAUUUACAUUUUUCUUGACUCAGCAUUUUUAUGAUUUAUCAGAUAUUCUAUAAUCAAAGAGAAAUAUAUCCAAGAAUGUGAUGUAGAAAUAAUGGAAUUAGGUAUUUUAUAUUUUGUUAUUAUUUAUUAAAUCUCAGUUUUAUUUUACUGUUAAUAUUUUUUGUUAAACUAUAAAAUCCAGUCUUUAGUUGUAUGCAGGAAACAUUAUAUCUGUUUUGUAUGUAUUUUGUAUGAAUCAUAAAUAUGAGAAAA